AUGGCAGCUUUGCCUGCUUCUUCUUUGCUGCUGCAGCAGCUGCAGCAGCAGCAGCAGCAGCGGCACAAGCAGCAGCAGCAGCAGCACGAAGGCGGAGCGGGGGCUUGCAGCUGCGCCCUCCUCGUGUGCAGCAGCAGCAGCAGCCCAGCAGCAACUGCAGAGCUGCUGCUGCUGCUGCAGAAAGCAGCAACUUCAGGUCUUUUGUGUCUUGCUGCUGAAGAAGCAGCGCUGGGCUGUCUAGGCAACUUCCUGCUGCUGCUGCCUGCUGCUGCAGCAGCAGAAGCAGCAAACUUGGGAGCAGCACUUGCUGCUGCUUUCGCAGAAGCAGCAGCAGCUCUCAAGGCUGAGGUGCUGGUGCUUCCCGAUGGCGCAGCAGCAGCAGCAGCAGCAGUGGAGCAGCUGCAGGUCAAUCCGCAGCUAACAACAGCAGCAGCAGCAGCAAAAGCAUCAGCAGCUAACGCCGCUGUCACUGCAGCAGCAGGGAGACUUGUGGCUUUCGCGAGGUUCUGCAGCAGCAGCAGCAGCAGCAGCAGCAGCACAGCAGCAACGCUGGCGCAUGCAGCUGAAGCAGCAAUGUCCAUCCUUCACAUGAGAGUCAUGGUUGCUGCUGCUGCUGCUGCAGCGCAGCACGCCGACCAGCAGCAGCAACAGCAGCAGCAACUUCCCUCCAUUCCCUGUAAGCCCCACAUCCACUAUUUUGCUGUUGCUGCUGCUGCUGCUGCUGCUGCUGUGCUUCCGUUUGCUGCGUAUCCUGGCGAUUUUCACUGUCGGCCACUAAGCACGCUGCUGCUGCUGCUGCUGCUGCUGCUGCUGCUGCUGCUGCUGCUGCUGCUGCUGCAGCUUGCGGUGCCGUGA